ACCGCAUCUUCUUCUUCCUCUUCACUGAUCACCAGUUAGCUUCAUCGUCUUCGCACAAAACUUUGCAGUCGGAUCAUGGGAGGUGGACCGAAUACCACUAACAAAGGUUUCUCCUCCAACGUCAAUCGUUACGGUAGUUAUCCGCCUCCUCCACCGACGCCAACGCCAGGAUAUUACUCCUCUGCUGGGCGAGCGGUGGCAGCUGCUGCCGCUGCUAUUGCUGCUUCUAUUGCCGCUGUUUUUGCUGGUGCUGCUGCUGCUUAUGCUGCUGCUGCUUCUUCCGAAGCUCAUCGCCUUCUCUCUCACGGCCACCACCAUCACGGUAGUCACCACCACCACCACCACCAUAGACGACACCACCGCCACGGCCAUGUAAAGAUCAAACAAGGAAAGCGUGGUUAGGCAGUACUACUGUACUAGUUGUCCAGCUUUGUCCACAAGCAUAUGCAAGUCAAUUUGAAUAAGUGAAUAGAAAUUGAACAUGUUUCUGCAGAGAAGAUUAUUAAUUAGGCACAAUGAAGUAUGUAAAAUUAUACAUCGUCCAAUCUUCUAAAAGAAAAAGUUCUUUACUAUGCCCUGAGAGAGAAGGUGAUGAGCUCCGUAAGCAGCAGCAACUGCUGCCGCUCCCCCGGCAGCCAUCGAUCCGAUGGAAGAGGAACCACCGUGUCCUUCAGUUAAAUUAAUUACUUGGCAUCACAUGUGGAUUCUCCAAGAUUAAUUAAAUUUUUACAUGAUUAAGAAAGCUAAUAUCGUAAGACGGCGCAGGGUUAGGAGGGUAGUUGCCAUGAGGCGGAUAAACGCCGGAAGCAGAGGAGUAGUACGCUGGCGGCGGCCGCGGUGGCGGUGGCGGAUACCUACCGUAAUGCAUCAUGUUGGAAAACAAAACGAGGAAUAUUUCCAUAAUAUUUCAAUAAUUUUUUAUUUAUUUAUUGUAUAGGCAAAACGAGGUAUAUUCAAAUGCCAAUAAUAUUGGUAUCUUAUUAAAUAUUUAAACAAUAAAUAACUUAAUUAUCCAUUCUUGGAGCUCAACGAUAGAGGUUUGGGGCCUUGAGGUUCAAAAACUUUCAAAUUUGUAUUUUAAAAUUCAUUAAUUAUUUUUUGUUUCAAAUUGUCCUUUAAAUCCUGAUUAUUAUCAUUGUUAAGUCAAACUCUAAAAUGGAAAUUUCCCUAAUCUACUUCUUAGUUAUGAUUUAGUCCAAGCUUAAAGAGUGAGACAAUGUGUCCACUAUGCCUUUAAAGGCAUGAUAUUAAUGGGAGAACAACAAACAGAGUUCGACAUCCAUGGAGAUGGAGGAGGAAGACUUCAUCGACAUCGACAUCGACAUCGUUUCCUCUUCGCCGGAGUUCGAGUUCCACAUGACCGCCGAUGAUCCACCCCUGCCCUCCCCCGCAGACGAGCUCUUCUACAUGGGUAAGCUCCUCCCCCUCCACCUCCCCCCUCGCCUCCAAAUGCUCGAACAGCUCCUCCGCGACACCUCCGCCGCCGUCGCAACGGCCUACCAUUCCUGCAACGCCAACGGCGAGCUCAACCCCAAGAAGUCCUGGACCAAGAAGAUCAAGGAGGCCACUCUCGGCCUCAAAGUCGAUGCCUCAAGAUCUUACUUCAGAUCCCUGUUCCACAGAUCUCGGCCCUCCAAUGAGAAAUUGGAAGCCUCCAAAGCCCUGAGGCGCCAUCAAAAUCCGACCUUGUCGGAAGACGAGAGCAGGAGCAAGCCGUCGUCCUUCUCGAGCGAGUUCAGCGGUGGGAAGUCAACGCCGAGACGGAGCAGCAGCGCGAGCUCCGACGCCGAGAGCUUGAUCCAGGGAGCGAUUGCCUACUGCAAGAAGAGUAGCCAAUGGGCGGUUGACUCCGAGGCCUGGAAGACCACGAGCAACGACGGCUUCUACUUGCUUUCCGCUUCCAGAAUUGCACCGGAGUGUAAGCAAGCGGAGCUUCCGCACCAGAUUCGGUCGCCGCCGUCUUGCUGUUGUUCCCGUGGAAAAAAGAACAACUUUUGUGAUGCGUAUUUACUUCUCAAACACGAAUCCAAUGCGAUCAAAAAUUUCAUUUUGGCUGUUUCUGUUAACAAGUGAAAGAAGUAGGAUUGUAAAUAAAACCGAGCCAUAUUUAUUUAAUAAGAUAACUAAGUUAAGUGAAGCUUAAAAUUAAUCAAAAUAGUUU